AUGGGAUUUGCCAAGUUCUUGCAGGAUAAUUUCAUUCCUCAUACCCCUAAAGAUCCCUUAAAUGAUCAUGGUUUAGCUACUACUGAUGAUGUCUUCCUUUCAAGUCCACUUAAGAGUGAAGGGAAAAAGAACGAAGAUGUUGCUACUAUCCACACUACAGAAACUACUUCAACAGCUCCACAAACUGUGGGACUUCAUCGUAAACUUCAUGGCCGUCAUGUUCAAUUACUUGGUAUUGGAGCAACUAUCGGGCUGGCAUUAUUUGUUGCUAUCGGUAAGGCUUUAGCCAAGGGAGGUCCCUUGAAUUUGCUACUAGCUUUCAUUAUUUGGUCUGUACCUAUCUUAUGUAUAACUGUUUCAACUGCGGAAAUGGUAUGCUAUUUGCCAAUUGUAUCGCCGUUUGUUAGAAUGGCUGGUAGAUGUUGUGAUGAAGCCUUAGAAGUAGCAACAGCUUGGAACUUUUGGUUCCUCUGUUGUGCUCAAAUUCCCUUCGAAGUUGUCACUGUUAAUCUGAUUAUUCACUUUUGGCGAGAUGAUUAUUCUCCGGCCAUUACUUUGGCAGUUCAAGUGGUGCUUUAUUUUUUAAUAAACGUUCUUGGGGUUAGCGUCUAUGGUGAAGUUGAAUUCUGGCUUUCGUUUGGUAAAAUUAUUCUUGCAGUGGGUCUUUUAUUCUUUACUUUCAUUACCAUGGUGGGAGGUAAUCCUAAACACGAUGCAUUUGGGUUUCAGUACUGGAAAAAUCCAGGUCCAAUGGCUGAGUUCAUUGCUACAGGUGAUUUAGGUAGAUUUCAAGGCUUCCUUGCUUGUUUGAUCCAAGCUUGCUUCACAUUUGCCGGACCUGAAUAUGUUUCACUAGUUGCUUCUGAAACGAUUAAUCCUCGUAAGACUUUACCAUCUGCUUUUAAACAAGUAUUUAUUCGUUUGACGGUAUUUUUUAUUGGUGGUGCUCUUUCCGUGGGUAUUCUUGUUGCCUACAAUGAUCCUAUCUUGAAAGAAACAAUGGGAGCCAGUAAGCCAGGUGCUGGGGGAUCUCCUUAUGUCAUCGCGAUGCAAAGAUUGGGUAUUGAUGUAUUACCUCAAAUCAUGAAUGUUCUCUUGUUGACUGCGGCUUUUUCUGCCGGUAAUUCUUAUACGUUUUGUUCUUCAAGAACAUUAUAUGGGUUUGCAUUAGAUGGUUAUGCACCCAAGUUUUUAACUGCUACUACGAAAACAGGUAUCCCUAUAUAUUGCAUGUUGCUUAGUUUAUCCUGGUCACUCAUCCUGUUUUUGCAAGUUGAUAGCCAGGCUUCCAAAGUUUUGGAUUGGAUCAUUAACAUAAUCACAUCUUGUCAAUUAAUCAAUUUCUGUGUCUUGUGUUUUGUAUAUAUUUUCUUCCGGAAAGCAUACAUUGCACAAGGGUUCCCAAGGGAGAAUUUACCGUUUAAAUCAUGGUAUCAACCGUAUACUGCAAUUUGCGGAUUAGUAUUUGCAUUCGUCUUGCUAUUUGUCUCAUCUUAUACCGUUUUCCUUCCCCAUAAGUGGAACUACAAGUCAUUCCUUUAUUCAUAUUUGUUUAUUUUCCUUGAUAUUAUUAUAUUUGUGGGCUAUAAGUUGGUUAAACGAACCAAAUGGCGUAACCCAAUGGAAGUUGAUUUGGUAACAGGGUUGGCGGAGGUGGAAACGCAUGAGACUGAAUUGUAUGAAAAAUACAGUAGAGAAGGUAAAACUGUUGUAAAUGGUAAGGUGAAACAGGGUUUCUUUAAUAGAAGGACUCCUGAAAUGUCUUCAGCUACUUCGAUAUCGCCAAUGGAAGUCAUUAGUGCAUUAGUUUCUCGAAAUGAAAAUCAACUUAAUGAUUUCACAAAUCACCAAGCAUUCGUGCAAAGAGUUCUUUCUGUGAGUGCAUCUACAACAUCAAUAGUUUUUGUUUUAGCGGCUUUCUAUUGUUUUCUAUUCAUCGAUCCCAAAAGAUUUGUCUUUCGACAUCAUCUUAUAUUUUUUCUUUUACUUUUUGAUUUGCUUAAAGCUGUUGUCCUAUUGUUAUAUCCUGCAAGAGUUCUUACUCAUGAUCUGGCCUAUUAUAAUGAUAACUUUUGCCAAGUGGUGGGGUUUUUUUCAGCAUUUGCCAUAGAAGGAGCGGAUAUUGCCAUUUUAUCGUUUGCCAUUCAUACAUCUCUUCUUAUUUUCAAACCAAACUUGACAUUUAAAGUCACUAAUGGAACAUCUACAAGAACGGAAGGGGGGCUAUAUAGUUACCGAUGGUACAUAUAUGGAAUCUCCUUCCUUUUGCCUGGGCUUUUGGCUGGUUUGGCAUUUUUAAAUCCAAAUCGUAGAGGCUAUGAUUCAUUUGUAUGUUGGUGUUAUUUACCGCAAGAUCCAGUUUGGUCUAGAUUUGUUCUUUCUUGGGUACCACGUUACUGCAUUUUGAUUAUCAUUAUAGGUAUUUAUUGUGCCAUUUAUUUCCAUGUCAUCAAAGAGUUCAAGCUUUUAGGUGGUGUCUUCACCACAAUGCACAAGAGAUCGAAAAUAGUACCCUCACAUUCUUAUCAAGAAGAAAAACCUUCAUUCUUUUCGGCAUUGAAGUUUCUGUUUGAUCGAAUUAGAGAAUUUUUCAUUCCUGAAUUAGUUCUUCCUGAUGGUGAUGAAGAAAAACUGCCAAAAAAGGAAGCUGAAGAAGAAAGUAAUCAUAAUCAAGAACGACCCCAAUUGUAUGAUCAAGAAUUCCAUCGACAAAAUUUGGAUAACUUCCGCAAACGACAAAAAGUAAUCAAAAAACAAAUGAAGUCCAUCUUCGUUUAUCCAAUAGCAUAUAUUUUACUUUGGCUCUUUCCCUUCAUACUUUACAUUACCCAGGUGAAUUACGAGAGCACACACAAACCAAUUUAUUGGUUAAAUUGCAUGGGUGCAUUUAUGCAACCCCUUUUUGGAUUUGUUGACUCUUUAGUAUUCUUUUACAGGGAAAGACCAUGGCAGCAUACAAUAAUGAAAACCUUUGAACGUGAAUAUGGUUCAAUACUUAGCGAGUCUUUGGUGAAUGGAAGUUCAAGCACUUCAGCAUCUCAAGCUGAGUCUCAUAGUGUCGCUUCUUCUGGUAAUCAAAAUGCUACUUCCCCUGAAAAGGGAACUGAAGAAACGCAAUUUGCAAAUUACAAUGCGAAUCGUUCAAGUAUUCGUCGCCAAUCUCAAGUUUCUUCAAAACAACUUAGAAACCAAUCGCUUUAUUCUCAAAAGGAAUCACUUGUUAUUCCAUCCUUAGUUAACAUUGACGAAUAUCCAUUAUGGAGACGACGUCUCUCAUCUCUUAAGCUACCAUUCUUUGCACUUCCUACUGAUGAAAACGUCCUCAAAUUACAACUCAAAGAAUUGAAUAAGAAAUUGUCCCAACAACAAGCUGGUCCUCGUUCUAGUGGCAGUCAAAUUCACGAUUCUCUGUAUCCUGGAGGUACUGGAAUAUAUCACUAUUCUAAUCAAUCUGGACAAGCAGGACAAGGAGCAACAUCUUUGGGAAGUGGCCCAAAGGGACCUUCAGACUUUUCCAAUAUUUUAGGCGGUGGUUCGUUGGAUGAAGGGGCAUUUAGGCAAUUGGACAACUUUUCUUUCAAUAAAUCCGGUACAACAGUUGGAAACGCUGGUGGUGCUCUUGUGAAUGUUUCCAAUGCUUCAUUCAGGUCGAGAGCAAUGUCACACAUAAGUCAUGCAAGUCAUGGAAAGUCUUCUCGAGCAAGCAUUGGAUCUAAGCGCUCUUCACAUGGUGGAGCUUCUUCAAGGAAUAGACAGUUAUCAUUUGUUGAUCCACAUCUGAAGUCAGAUGUUCCGCAUGAGAGUGCUGAACAACACAUUGCUUCUAAUUCAAACACUGGUGUUUCGAAUUCUGGGCCUCAGGCAUCUCAUUUAGCGCCUCCUUUAGCAAAGACAGGCUAUUCCUUUGUUACGCAAAAGGUCCAUGAAAAGAACACCACACCCAUUAGUGGAGUUCACACACCAUACGCUAGUCCUCGUACAUCUGCAACAUUGUUUGGUGAUGGUUCGGGAGAUUCGCUGAAAAAAUCAAGUAACUAUUCAACGAACACAAUUGGGGAACGAACUUCUGAUUCUGAUGACGAUUUGGACUUUCUUCAAUUCUUGCGUCAAUGUCGUCCAUAG